AAAAACGUCGUAUGUACCGACAAGAAAAGAAGGCUCAGACUCUGAAUAUUGUUAGUGGUCAACUAGCACCUGAGGCACAUGCUUCGUUAGGAUCCAAGGAAUGUACCCCUUUGAGCAACAUAACCAACACACACACAAAUGAUGCAAGAUGCACAGGGGACUCCAUGACUACUGUUCGACAUUCCGAAGAUGCUAAUGUUGGGCGAAAAAGGAGUGCCCAUAAUUGGUAUGCUCGACUAAUAGACGAACAAAGAGCAGAACACUUACAUAAGCUGCGGUUGGCUCGCCUGCAAAAAAAGCUGUAGCUGACAGUGUUACUGUCGAAUUACCUCACAGCUCGUACUCGCGAUCUUCACCUGGUUCAGCCAUUACGGUAAAGAUCUCCGAGGGUACUAGUCUUCCCGUGGCACGCCACAAAGCGACAACUGCAACCGGCGCUGCGAGUGUCAAACAACGCCAACCAUCUGCCGGGGAAGCGUCACCUGGUAUCACACAUUAUGCUGGGACACACGCUGGUUGGAGAGCCAAAGACAAAGGAGGACGAUUCUGAUGAUUGGUUGCACAGGAAUCCAACUUACGUACGGGGAGCGAGGUCGGCUGAACACAAUAGUAACGUCUUACGGACUGGAUCAAGGUCGGCUGAACACAAUAGUAACGUCUUACAGGCAGGAGGAGAACACGGACAACAUGACUUUGUGCCCACGAGUUUUAUCUUCAGUCCGUCCAUUGAACCACAAGAUUCAACUGCCCGCUACGAGAAGGAGCGCAUUCGUAAGAGAACGAAAUACUCGGAAAUGAGCACGGACCAGAGAGAUGCUUUAUUAUAUCGGGUUCGCGAGUACAAGAAAAGAAAGUGGACGACUUGUGCCUCAUCCGACCAGUACGACCAUGCUGGAGUCAGCAACAUUGACGAGGACUCUGAUGUAGCCGAAAUUUUCGAGCCAAUGAGACCGGAUGCUCAAAUUGAAGAAAACAUGGGCACCUCCCAGGAGGGAGAGACUGUGUAUGAUGAUGAUGAGGAGGAGGAGAGUAGCCGCUUCAGCGCACAAGGUAAUGACUUCGAAUCGUACAGAGUGACAACUGAUGGUUCGUAUGCUUUUGAGACUCAUGAUCCUUACGACUACGUCUACCACAAUAUACCCACCAAGCAUCAUGUUUUGAAGCGAGUAAAAGAUUGUAUCCAUUGUGGAGCAAUUAGGUUCCAGUACGAAGGUCCAGCCUUCUGUUGCAGAAAAGGUAAGGUCAAGGUAUUUAUCCUAGAGGUUCCUCAAGAGCUGCAACGAUUAUUUUCAAGUCAGGUAGAUGAGGAUGCAAAGUACUUUAGGCAGCACAUUCGAUAUUUCAACUCCCACUUCUCCUUCACAAGCCUUGGAGUUACCCCGGACAAACGGGUCAACACCGCAGCAAGAACCGGUGUAUACACCUUCCGUGCUCAUGGUCGGUUGUACCACCGUCUAGACCAUCUUGUACCAGGUGAUCACAGACCCAGGCAUUUGCAGCUGUACAUUUAUGAUACAGAUGAAGCCUUAGAACAUAGGGUGAAGCGCUCUCCAGAUCUAGAUAUCAACCUCAUACAAAAGAUUCUGCGUAUAUUGGAGAACAACCCAUAUGUCGAGACUUUUAAGAGCCUUGGUUCAGUUUCAGACCUAGCGGAAUAUAAAAUUACACUAAACACAAAUAUAAAAUUGGACCAACGGAGGUACAAUGCCCCUACAGCUUCACAGGUGGCUGCAAUGUGGGUUGAAGGUACUGACCCUCAACACACUUUUGAGAGAAGUGUUAUUGUGCAUGCAAAAGGGGACCGUCCUUUGUACAUCAGAGCCUACUAUGGAUGCUAUGAUCCUUUAGCGUACCCAUUAUUUAACCCAGCUAGGGAGACAGGAUGGAACCGUUGCCUGCCAUAUGAGGGACCAACACCGGCUCAGGCAGACAAUGACGAUGACGACGACAACCAAAACGAUGAACGAGAAGCAGAUGACAACAAAGAACAAGAUGAUGAUGAAGCCACUGAGUCUAAAAAAUAUGUUAGUGCGAGGGAGUAUUAAUGUUUCAAAUUGCAGACCAGGGAAGGAACUUUUAACAUCCUAUUGUUUGGGGGGCGUCUUCUCCAACAGUGGCUUGUUGACAUGUACAUCAAAAUGAAGACUAUGAGGCUUGAUUUCUACUCGAAGCCUCAGAAUCAAAAACUCAUACGUGCUGAGCUAUACUAGGUAACAAAAAUCUCCCCAGUCUCAUCAACAUACUAUGACAACUUGACACACACCGGUAUGUUAGUGAAUAACUAUAAUUAAACGUGAACCAAAUAUGAGCCUAAUGUAUAGUCUUGUUGGUUAUCGGCAUGCUUGUAUUCUAGAAGCAAGAACCAAUUAUGAGCCUUAUUCAUUUGUUUCAUAGGGUGUUGUUGACACCAUUGCUUCUGGAGAGGCGCGUGCUGCUCAGAUUGGAAAAAGAAUCGUGCUCCCUCGAACUUUUCCAGGAGGUGAUCGAGACAUGUAGCGAAGAUUCCUUGAUGCGAUAGCCAUUGUUCAGAGAUACGGGAAGCCUAAUUACUUAAUCACUAUGACUUGCAACCCUUACUGGGAGGAGAUAACUUCCAGACUUGCACCCGGACAAACACCACAAGACCGUCCUGACCUGGUGGCCAGAGUAUGCAGGGCCAAGAUGCGGAGUCUGAAAGAUCUUAUGAUAAAAAAGAAGUACUUUGGUCCGGUUGCGGCGUAUGCUCAUGUUACCGAGUUCCAAAAAAGGGGUCUGCCGCAUGAGCACUUCCUGCUGAUCAUGGCCUCAGAUAGUAAGCUGACAAAUCCAGACGCCUAUGAUAGGGUAAUCUCGGCAGAGAUCCCUAGCCGUGACAAGUACCCUGUGUUGCAUGGACUGGUUAUCAAGCAUAUACUCCACGGCCCAUGUGGUACUCUCCAGAAGAAUUGUCCUUGCAUGAUAGAUGGAAAUUGUCGUUUUUGUUACCCUCGACAGUUUUCCCCUGCAACACAACAAGGAAAGGACUCAUACCCUAUAUAUAGGAGACGAGAUGAUGGCCGCCGAGUUAAAGUUAGGAAUGCAGUGUUGGACAACAGAUGGGUUGUCCCGUACAACCCCGGACUGCUUAUGAGAUAUAAUUGUCACAUUAAUGUUGAAGCUUGCUCGAGCAUAAAAUCAGUCAAAUAUUUGUACAAGUACAUAUACAAGGGGCAUGAUCGUGCUUCCUUCUCAGUUGACCCGGCGGCAAAUGAUGGUGUUGUGAUAAAUGAGAUUCGGCAAUACAGGGAUGCAAGGUUUGUAACACCCCCAGAGUCUAUGUACAGGGUAUGUGCUUUCCGUAUGUUUGGUGUCUCUCCUGCUGUGUUGCAACUACAGCUGCAUUUGCCCAACAUGCAUACUGUUGCAUUCAACGGUACUGAUAACCUAGAGGAUGUUAUGAACCGACCGUCCUCUUCCCAAACCAUGCUCACAGAAUACUUUAGGAUGAAUGAGGUGGACCCUUAUGCACGAAACUUCUUGUAUAAAGAGUUCCCAGAAUUCUUUCGAUGGAUUAAGGGUAAGAAAAAGUGGCAGAAAAGAAGCCAAAGGGGGCGCGGGCAAGUUGGAAGGAUUGUUUAUGCACAUGCUGCUGAUGGUGAAAGGUACUUUCUGAGAGUGCUUCUGAAUCAUAGAAGUGGUGCCACUUCAUAUGAGGAUUUGAGAACUGUAAAUGGAAGGCUCUGCUCGACUUUCAGGGAAGCGUGUGAGCUCAUGGGCCUAAUAGAGACUGACGAAUCUCUUGACGACUGCUUGACCGAGUCUGCUACUUUCCAGAUGCCAUGUGCUC